AUGAUAAUCAAAUUUUCGUCGGAUUUUAUUCCAGGAACCACCUAUACAAUUCACAUAGAUUAUGAAGGUGAUAUUAUUCGUGAUUUAAAUGGUCUAUAUAUAAGUGAUUAUGUUGAUAUUAAUGGACAAGAUGGUAUCUUCAUGGCAUCUCAGAUGGAACCAACCUAUGCUCGAGGUGUUUUUCCAUGUGUUGAUGAGCCUGCGCGUAAAGCUAUUUUUAUAAUCAAUAUCAUACAUGAUUCUUCGUAUGCUGUAUGGUCUAAUGGAGAAAUUGAUAGAACUGAAACACUUAGUGAUGGACGAAUAGUUACACAUUUUACCCCAACAUUGAAUAUGUCCACAUUUCUACUGGCAUUUAUUAUGGCACCCAAAUCUGACUUUGCAUGUCGACCAAAUCUUAUUAUUAAUUCUAAGAAUAUCACAUCGAGAAUUUGUGGACGUGUCGAUAUUCUUUCACAAUUAGCUUAUGCCGAUGAAGUAGCUUACAAAGUAUUAGAGUUUUUCAAUACAUACUUUGAUAUAGAUUAUCCAUUGCCUAAAAUUGAACAUUUUGCUGUUCCCGAUUUUGGCGGAGGUGCUAUGGAAAAUUAUGGUUUGUUGAUCUACACUGAAGUGGGCCUAUUCUUCGAUGAGAAAACCGUAUCAACUUCAAGAAAACAAGACAUCACCUUAUUAAUAGCCCAUGAAAUAGCUCAUCAAUGGUUUGGCAAUUUGGUUUCACCGGCUUGGUGGAAUGAACUAUGGUUAAAAGAGGGAUUUGCUACUUACAUGGAAACAUUAGCCGCCGAUUCUGUCGAACCUUUAUGGAUGCAAGAAGAACAAUUUAUUGUCAACAAGAUCUUUGAAUUUAUCGAAGCCGACUCGUUACCAACGUCACGACCAAUCAGUAUUCAAUCAACAAAUCCAGCAGAUAUUUUUCAAUUGUACGAUUCGAUUACUUAUGAGAAAGGAGCAACAGUCAUUCGUAUGAUGUCAAUGUUUUUGGGUGCUGAAACAUUUCAACAUGGUAUUCGAACGUAUUUGAAAGCAUUGAGUUAUGGCUCGGCAACACAACAGCAGUUAUGGAAAUAUAUGAGCGAUGCUGCCAAUAAUACAAUUAACGUCGAACAGAUCAUGGAAGGAUGGUCACGACAAGCAGGUUAUCCAAUUGUUGAAGUCAAUCGAGUUUACAAUACAGAUACACCUCGUAUGGUAAUUAGUCAACGACCCUUCAGUCUUUUUUCAACAACAUCCAAACAAGAGAAAUGGUGGAUUCCAUUCAAAUAUUUUAAUCAAACAUACACUAAGGAAUUGUCUGGAAGUGAAAUUAUAUGGCUCAAUGAUACAUCAGCCACGGUCAAUAUCACUACUUCAGAUUCAGAUUGGAUCUUGGCCAAUCCUGAUUAUCUCAGUAUCUAUCGAACAAAGUAUGACACAUACAAUUUCCAUCUCAUUAUUACUCAACUUCAAACAAAUCAUAAACGUAUUCCAACUAUUACUCGAGGUGCUCUUAUCGAUGAUACUUUUGCUCUAUCACGUGCAGGUCUUAUGAACAUAACGGAUGCCUAUGAACUCAUUAGAUAUCUGAAGAGUGAGACAGACUUUGUACCGUGGAUAGCAGCAUUGAAAGCAAUGGAUCAACAAGAACAAUUACUUGCUGAUCGUAAUAUUCUUGUUGAUGUUCAAAAAUAUUUUCUUGAACUUAUUCUUCCUAUUUACAAUACUUUCGGAUGGACGACAAUUAAUCAUUCGACUGAAUGGCUUCGAGCUCUGUUACAACCGAAUAUUGUAUCAACUGUUUGUCAAUAUGGUCAUCGAGAAUGUGUUGAAGCAGCACGCAAUAUCUACCGUCGUUGGUAUUUGAAUCCUACUCUUAAUCAAAUUCCAGCUGAUCUACGUUCAGUCGUCUAUUGUACAGUUGUUCGUGAAGGUACACAAUCUGAAUUUAAUUUCUUAUGGACUCGUCUUCAAACAGAAACAGUUGCUAGUGAAACAUUAAAUUUACUUCAAGGCCUCGCAUGUACACAAGAUUCAUCAUUGAUUAUUUGGUUUCUCGAUCAACAUUUAAUAAAUGAUUCCAUUAUUCGUGAUCAAGAUUUACCAUGGUCAAUAGCAAAUGUUGCUCGUUCACCUCGUGCAAAUCAACUUGCCUGGAAUUGGAUUCGUAAUAAUUGGGCAAUACUUUUUGAGAAAUCAGGAAAAUCAGAUAAUAAUCUAGGUCAAAUUAUCGAAGCUGUAUCAAGUCGAUUUGUUACUGUUCGACAACAAAAAGAAUUCAAAGCAUUUGCUGAUUCAAUUACUGAUAAAGGCACUGCUUCUCAUCAAUUUCAAUUGUCUACUGACCAAAUCAAUGCAAACAUAGAAUGGAUAACAAUCAAUCUCAAUUCAAUCAUUGCAUUCUUUCGUUCAAACAAUGAAUCAUCCAUUGUUAACCAUCGUUUGCCAUCGGAUGUUGUUCCGAUCCAUUAUGAUCUCAAUGUUAAACCCUAUUUGAAUAUUACUAAUGAUAAUCUUCGAUUUUCCAAUUUUAAUGGACGAGUUCAUAUUCAUAUCAAUGUCAUUCGUAUCACUGAUCGCAUUAUUUUACAUAAACGUUUCAUUACGAUACAAGAACCUAUUGUAAUAACCGGUGGCUUGACAGUAGUAUCAACAACAUUCAAUCCAGAUUCGGAUUUUUUUACCAUUAUACUCAAUCGAUCAUUACAAGUGAAUGAACAACCAAUUCUAACAUUGAAUUAUAUAGGUGAACUAAGAAAUGAUACGGAUGGUUUCUAUCUCAGUUCAUAUAUACGAUCAUCAGAUAAAGUUCGACGAUAUUUAGUGGCUUCACAAAUGGAACCAAUUGCAGCACGGCGAGCUUUACCAUGUUUUGAUGAACCUGCUCUUAAAGCAACGUAUACAAUAACAGUCGAACAUGAACAACAGUAUCGAGUAUGGAGCAAUAUGCCUAUUGAGAGUAGUACACCCCAACCAAAUAGUUGGCAAUUGACACAAUUUCAAAAAACCGUACCAAUGAGCUCAUAUUUAUUGGCAUUAGUUGUCGCUGAUUUCGAUUGUUUAACACGAAAUAAUACGGGAAGAUUCGGAAAUAUUACAACAAGUGUAUGUGCUCAAUCAGAGAAAAAAGAUGAUUUGAACUAUGCACUGGAAAUAGCAACGGAGAAUAUUCGUGAUUUCGAAGAACAAUAUCAAAUUAAUUAUCCACUAUCGAAAUGUGAUCAUAUAGCUGUACCUGAUUUUGAUGCUGGUGCUAUGGAAAACUUUGGAUGUAUUCUUUAUCGUGAAACACGACUUUUCUAUAACAAUCGCACAUCCUCAUCGGCAAAUAAACAAAGUGUUGCAAGAGUUAUUGCUCAUGAGCUUGCUCAUCAAUGGUUUGGUAAUCUUGUUUCACCUGCCUGGUGGGAUGAUUUAUGGCUUAACGAAGGUUUUGCAAGAUGGAUGGAAAUCGUUGGCACAGAUAAAGUUCAUCCAGAAUGGGAUUUAUAUCAACAAUUUAUUUUUCAAAAUUGGCUUGCUGUCAUGCAAGACGAUGCUGUAUCUUUUUCGCAUCCGGUUAACAUGAAAUUGACAAAUAAUAAUCAAUUAACAAGUAUUUUUGAUACAAUUACUUAUUCCAAAGGUUCUUCAUUACUUCGAAUGAUGAGUAAUUUUAUGUCUAAUACGACUUUUAACAAAGGUGUAACACGAUAUCUUGAACGUUAUUUAUAUUCGACUGCAAAACAAAGCGAUCUUUGGCAAGCAUUAGGUGAACAAAUGUCUAUCGAUAAUAUACAUUUACCAAGUAACACAAAUCUUGACAUGAUUAUGAGUACAUGGACAAAUCAAAUGGGUUAUCCAUAUGUUCAAAUCAUACGUGAUUAUGUAACUGGUAAUGUAAAAGCAAUUCAACAUCAGUUCUUGUUCGAUUCAACAGCACAACCACCUCAAUCGCCACAUAAAUAUCUUUGGUACAUUCCACUUAAAUUCAAAUCUUCAUCAACAUUAAUGUCAAGCAUCACAUGGUUCAAUCAAUCACAAGUGGAUAUAACAAUGGAUAUAAACGUACAAUCAAAUGAAUGGCUUUUAGCUAAUCCAAAUUUAUUGGGAUUUUUUCGUACAAAUUAUGAUACACAAAAUUGGAAGAUGAUCAUUGAUCAAUUAAAAACUGAUCAUACGAAACUGACCGUUACUGAACGAGCAGGUCUUGUCGAUGAUGCAUUCAAUUUAGCUCGAGCAAAUAUUCUACAAACAUCACUCGUAUUCGAUCUACUCGAUUAUGCUCGUUCCGAAACUGAAUAUAUCGUUUGGGAACGUAUAAUUGCAGGUCUUACCUAUAUCGAACAGAUGAUUGCUUUGAAAAGCUCGGAUUUUAUUUUGUACGAACAAUUUCAAUCAUAUGUGAUCGAUCUUAUCUUUCCCGUCUAUACGCAACUCGGUUGGCAACAACAAUUAUCGAAUAUUACUGAUAAAUGGCUUGAUACACUUCAUCGAGAUUUAAUAUUAUCGACAGCAUGUCGUCAGAAUUUAGAUGAUUGCGUUCAACAUAGUCAAUCGCUUUUCGAACAAUGGUUUAAUCAACCAUCAAAUAAUUCCAUUGAAGCCAAUCAUCGUUCUGUUGCCUAUUGUACUACUGUGCGUUUAGGUGGUCGAGCUGAAUUUCAAUUUCUUCUUCGUCAAUAUCAAGAAUCAAAUGAUCCACAAGAAAAAGCUAGAAUACAAUCGGCAUUGGCAUGUACACGUGAUAUUCAAUUAAUUCGAUAUUUACUCGAGAUUCAUGUCAAUCCUCAAUUGAAUAUUAUUCGAACACAAGAUGCUCUCUCUGGCAUGCGAUCAGUCUGUCGAAAUUUUAUUGCAGAAACUGAAUGCUGGGAAUUUAUACGUUCUCGAUGGCAACAAUUAUUUCAACAGUUUGGUGGAUCACUCAGUUUUGUUGAUCUUAUCAAAGAUGUUACAGCACGAUUCAAUACCGAACAACAGUUAAGUGAAUUUGAACGAUUUGUUGAACAGACACCAGCUUCAAAUAUUGUUGCAUUUCAAGCAGUAAUCGAACGUAUUCGUUACAAUAUUCAAUGGAUUGAAAAGGCAAAACCAAAUUUAGCUGAAUGGUUUAUGAAUCGAACAAUGGCAAUUCGUCUUUCAUCCGACUGGAUUCCAUCUCAAUAUGAUCUUCAUUUUGAUGUACGUCUUCGUACGAUUUAUCCAAAUAAUGCUGAACCAGACACAUCACUUGUGGGUCAUACACGUAUUAUUGUCCGUUGUAAUCAAAUGACUAAUGAAUUUCGAAUUCAUAUGAAACAAUUACAAAUGUCUUCUGUGACAUUAAAACGACGUGAUACAUCGAACAAUUUAAUUAUCGAUUGGACAUGGAUAUCACAAUCGGAAAUACUCCUAUGUCGAUUGAAAGAACGAUGUAUAAGGAAUGAAGAGUAUUUAUUCGACGCACAAUAUACAACGACAUUGAGUAGAGAUAUGGCCGGAUUCUAUUUAAGUCAAUACAAUGUAAAAAAUACAAGUACAGGUGAUAUUAUUACACAUAAUAUUGCAGGCACUCAUAUGCAGCCAACCUUAGCUCGAACAGUUUUCCCAUGUUUUGAUGAACCAGCAUUCAAAGCUAAAUUUAACAUUUCGAUUACUCAUGAUCCUAGUUUUACUGUUGUUCGAUCGAAUGGUGCUAUGCUCGACGGAGGUCAACCUAUACUACAAGCUGAUGGUCGUUUGCUGUCUCGUUUCGAAGAAACACCACUUAUGUCAACAUAUCUUGUUGCAUUUGUUGUAACUGAUUUUGAAUGUGUUGAAGAUGUGACAUCAACAAAUAUUACAAUCAAUGUAUGUGGACGACCUGAAGCAAUUCUUAAUGGUGAAGGCGAUUUUGCUCUUGAAGUGAGCAGAAAAGUAUUACCUUACUAUGAAGAAUCCUACAAUAUCUCAUAUCCACUGAGUAAAUGUGAUCACUUUGCUUUACCAGAUUUUGCUAUCGGUGGCAUGGAAAAUUGGGGUCUUAUCACGUAUCGUGAGACAGCUCUCCUCUACAAUAAUGUAACUGGUAGUCUGGCUGAUAAACGGCGAGUAGGUGACGUUGUAACACAUGAGUUAGCUCAUCAAUGGUUCGGUGAUUUUGUUUCUCCUCAAUGGUGGAAUGAUCUCUGGUUAAACGAAGGUUUUGCUUCAUGGGUCGAAGUACUUGGCCUUAAUUAUACGAAUCCAGAAUUUCAUUCUUUCGAUACAUUUGUAACUGAUGAUAAAGGUGCGUCGAUUUUACGAAUGAUCUACAUUGUUCUCAGUGAACCAACCUUCUUUCAUGGUAUCAGCAAUUAUUUAAAUCAUUUUCAAUAUGGUAACGCUGUACAAGAUCAAUUGUGGGCCUUCCUAACUAAUGCCACCAAUCCAUUGGCACUUGCUGGUAACACUGUUAAAACGAUUAUGGACACUUGGACUCUUCAAGAAGGGUAUCCUCUUCUCACAGUGACACGUAAUCAAAUCGAUGGUUCAAUUUCCCUUUCACAAAAACGCUAUCUACUCGAUCCUUACACAUCAAAUCUAACAUCAAUUUAUGUGAAUCCAUUUACAUCCUUUCCAUUUCAAUGGUAUAUUCCUUUCAAUUAUAUAACUUCGGCGGGUUUGUCAUCGUUCGAUUGGCUUGCUCCGAAUCAAACCCGUAUU